UGGUUUCGUCUCGUCCUCCUGUUUUGUCUCGGAGCAGAGGAAAGAUGCUGGUAUAAAGAAGCUGCACACAUGGAUGGAUGGAUAUGAAUAAUUUGGACGUAAACUAUGGAUAGGCCUGUGUUUGGGUUUAAGGAGCACCACUAUGCUUUUACUGGUGUUAACGUUGAUGGUUCCCACAGUCACAAACGCUCUGGAGGUCAUUGGAGGAAGAACGACAAUGGUGCAGGGAGGAGCAGCUGUCCUCCACUGUAAACUCAUUGGUACCACAGAGACCCUCACACAGAUUUCAUGGCGGAGAUUGACCAGAGGAAAACCUCGGACGGACAAUUUCUAUACAAUCUCGUCCGACGGACCAAACUAUAUCAAUGGCCAUGAUGAUCGGUUUAGGUUCAUUGGGAGUUUUACAGAUAAAAAUGGUACUCUCCAGUUAUCGAAUGUCACACUGAUGGAUGAAGGCACCUACACAUGUGUGUUCACUUUGUUCCCCAGCGGGAUCCAUGAGACAGCGAUACCUCUUAAAGUUCAUGUGCCUCCGGUCACAAGCCUGAAGGAUGCUCAUCCUGCUUUGGGUAACGACGAGGUCCCUCUUAUUACCUGCACGGCUGCUGGUUCCAAACCUCCUGCAGAGGUGAGGUGGCUCACUGGUACUCUGGGAGAGAAAGUGAGGCCGUCAACCAACUCCAGCCUUCAUGCUAACGGUACGACUACCACAGUCAGCUGGCUGUUUGGAGUGCCUACCAGAGAACUCAACGAUCGUUCAGUCCAGUGUGUCAUCACCAGUCCUGCUCUAGAGAGAGAAGAAACCCUGACCUCCACCAUACAUAUCCACUCUCCUCCUCUGGAAGUGAAUAUCACUGAAAGGUCGGCACACUCCUUUGAAUGUCUCACAGAGGCAUAUCCAGCUGCGAGCUUUACUUGGACGAGAUCUGACCGGUCGUGGCCUCAGUCCGGGGUCCGAGUUGAUGGUUCAACGCUGCAGUUUCUGAGCAUCACCUCCGAGCUGAACGGCCUCUACCAGUGCGAGGCGUCGAACUCGUAUGGGAGUAAACGUGCUUACCUCCGUGUGCAUUUCACCUCAGGAUCCUGCACUGCCAGUUGGACCCUCUUUGUUCUUCUGCUCGUCCUCGUUGUUGCUGCUGUCUUGUGUUGCUUCUAUAAACGUAUGGAAAUUGCAAGAUUCAUACUACGGGAAGAAGGCGGCACACGAGGCAAGAGGCAAAAGGUUCCAACGACUUCCAGCUCACCUGAAGGCCAUGACAGAGUAGAAGAAGAUGGAGGGGAAACAGAGGGAGAGCUUUGAAAUCAGUCGAAGCAACAGAAGAGGAUCACAGCUGGACUGAAGGUGAUUUGCAGACUUCCAACACUAUUCAUUCCUGACGCAGCCGUUAGUGAAAAUAGGCAGUAUUCCUGGUGCUUUACAUUUUGUUGAUGUCAUUGACAUUGGUUUUAAAAAUAGCCAAUUUCUCAAUUCAGAUAUUUAAAGUUAUUGUUUCCAAAUAUUACAACUGAACAGCUAGUAGUAUUAUCAAAAAAAGAAUGUCAAAAAUGAACCUGAAGGUUAAGAGCUUUUCUGAA